AUGCCGUUGAUCGUGCUGGCCGCCGUCGCCACCGCGGGCAUCCUAGUCAUUGCCUCGUCCUCCACCUCGCCACCGCCGGCAUCCCUACGAACCAAGGAGGUGUACGAGGCGGAGGCGCCCGAAGAAGAGCCCGGGGCGCCAUGGCUGGCUUCUCUGGCGUCGUUUGCGCAAUCGAUCGCGACCAAGGUCGUCGAGCUACUGAACCAGCCUGUCGUGUCGCCUGCCGCCCGCUCGCUGCCCUCAUCGGCACCUCCGCUUAUUGGCCCCGCUGGAGCCAUCCACCGCAACCCGAUUGACGAGGGCAGCUACGCCAACUUUGACGAGAUCACCGCGACGCACGUCUCUCUCGAUAUCACGGUCGACUUCGACUCGCAGACUUUUCGCGGCUCGGUCAGCCACAGCAUGGCGUGUGUCAAGCCCGGCUCCACGAUGGCGAUAUUUGACUACCAGGGGAUGGAGGUGUACGCCGAGAAGACGAAGGUGUGCAAGCUCAAGGGCUACACCCCAGGCGACAACAUGGUUACACUCCAGGCGAAAACUGAGGGAUGCUACUGGCCCGUCGCCGAGCUUAAUACCAAUCUGAAUCCCGACAUCGGCAGCGCUGUACUUGUUCACCUCGACGCCCCCUGCCACACGGGCGACGAGUUCCUGAUCACACUCGAAUUCGAAACCAACGACGACCAGCAGGCUGCCAUGUGGCUGACACCCGACCAGACCGUCGGCAAGAGGCAGCCGUACGUGCUCACGCAGUGCGAGAGCAUCUAUUGCCGGUCGUUCGCGCCGCUGCAGGACACCCCUGCCAUCAAGGUGACAUACGACGCCUCGGUGACGGUUCCCAAGGCGCUCACGGCGAUGAUGAGUGCCAACUCCACCGGCUCUGUGACCGAGGCCGACACCAAGACGUACUACUUCAUUUGCAGCAUCAAGGUGCCGUCGUACCUCAUCACCAUCAUCGUCGGAGACGUCGAGUACCGCGCGCUGGACGAUGUCGGACGAGUGGGCGUGGUCACCGAGCCCGGGUUCAUGGACGCUGUCGCGGAGGAAAUGAGCGACCUUCCCAAGUUCUUCGCCGCUGCGGAGGAGUACCUGACGCCUUACAUCUGGGGCACGUACACCGUCGCCAUCCUGCCGCCCUCCUUCCCCUUUGGCGGCAUGGAGAACCCGCUGCUGACGUUUGCCUCGCCGACCCUCAUCGUGGGUGACAAGUCGCAGGUCUCCGUUGCCAUUCACGAGAUCGGCCACAGCUGGUUCGGCAACGAGCUGGGCUUUGCUCGCUGGGAGGACCUCUGGAUCGCCGAGGGCUUCACCGUCUUUGUGGAGCGCAAGGUUCCCACCCUGCUCGCGGGGGGAGACAUGGAGGUGGAGAAGGUCGACGCGACCGUCGGGAACCAGUCGCUGCUUGAGACCAUGCAAGACUACGGGUCGGCCGAGGGCUCGCCGCCCGAAGCCCUCGACCACCCGUACAACGCCCUGGUGCCGGUCCUGGACGACGUGAACCCAGACGACGCCUUCUCGACGGUGUGCUACGAAUCCGGCUAUCAGCUCGUCAAGUACCUCGAGAGCGUCGUCGGCCCAACGUCGUUCCAGGCCUUCCUUCGCAAGUUCGUCAAGGCCAACUCUCAAACUGCGAUUAAUGUGGUUGAUCAGUACGAAGCCUUUGUUGUGGAGACCUUCCCACCGGAGGAGGCCAGCGCCAAGCUCGCGACAAUCGACUGGAACCGCUGGCUGUACCAGCCCGGCAUGCCACCCGCAGAACUCAACAAUUUCACCACCAAGUCGGGCAACCUGGCCAUAGAGUUAGCAGAUGAGUUCAUCGCCCUCGAGGGCCUCUCCCUGCCCAAGGAGUGGGAGAGCUACAACUCUUGGAUGAGUGCGCUCAGGCAGAUGUUCCUCGACCGCCUGAACCUCAAGAAGGACGAGGUGACACGGGCAAUUCUCGCAAAGAUCGACAAGGCGUACGGCCUGACGGCCGCCCUCGACCCAGAGGUCAAGAGCCGCUGGUACCCCUUCUCGAUGAAGAUAGGGUAUGAGGGCUCUUGCGCCGAAACGGCAUCCUGCGGUGAAGGCGCGGCCCCGGGCACCUGCAUCAUCAACGAAGCCCAUCUCUUUGCGUCUAGUGUUGGACGGGGGAAAUACAUCCGGCCCAUCUACCAAGCGCUCAUGGACACGGGCAACGAGGAGCUGGCCGCAGCGUGGCUGGCGGAGAAUGAGAACUUUUACCACCCCAUCACGCUCAUCCCUCUGCAGAGGAUCGUCGCGCUAGAGUAG